GAGUGACCGAGGCCAGCUGAACGAAACUGAAACCUCCAUGAAAACGCUUUGGUCCCAGCUUCUCUCUCCUCUCGUUCACCUGUCACAAACAACUGAAAAUGUCUCAGAAUCCCCACAAGCCGCAUUCAAGCGAAGAAAAGUUGAGUGCUUUGGAGGAUGAUGAAGAGAGCUUGGACAACUCGGAGCAGUCUGUCAGGAAGAGAAUACGACAGAGUGUUCCAGGCUCACGUAGAGAUGAUACACCAAAGUCUAGCCCUCCUCGGCCUGUGUCAGUGGAAGAGUUAAUGGAAACAGCUAAGGGAGUAACCAACAUGGCACUAGCACACGAAAUUGUUGUUAAUGGAGACUUUCAGAUCAAACCAGCUGAGUUACCAGAACACAGCUUGGAAAAAAAAGUAAGAGAGAUUGUGCACAAAGCUUUCUGGGAUUGUUUGGAAGCUCAGCUGAAGGAAGAUCCACCGACAUAUGACCACGCAAUUAAACUGCUGGGAGAAAUUAAAGAGAAUCUUCUGUCUUUUUUAUUGCCUGGUCAUACAAGAUUAAGAAACCAGAUUAUGGAAGUUCUUGAUCUGGAUUUGAUAAAACAGGAGGCAGAAAAUGGGGCUCUGGACAUUGCUAAGUUGGUAGAAUUUGUUAUUGGAAUGAUGGGAACUCUCUGUGCUCCAGCUCGAGAUGAAGAAAUUAAGAAACUGAAAGAUAUACGUGAAAUAGUUCCUCUCUUCAGAGCAAUUUUCUCUGUAUUAGACCUAAUGAAAAUGGAUAUGGCAAACUUCGCUGUCAGUAGUAUUAGGCCAAAAUUAAUGCAGCAGUCUGCUGAAUAUGAAAGAAAGAAGUUUCAGGAGUUUCUUGAGAAACAGCCAAAUUCUUUAGACCUUGUCACAGACUGGUUGCAGGAAGCAGCAGAUGAUCUUGCAAAGCUGAGAUAUAAAAAGUUACCUCCCUCCAGCAGUGCUGUUGGUGCUGCUGGCGGAGCUUCUGUGUUGUGCUCCACUGCCAUACAGAAUCAGGCGUAUCUGAAGCUGCUGAAGUGGGAUCACACAAACAGGCCUUUCCCAGAAACAGUGCUCAUGGACCAGAGCCGCUUUCAGGAAAUACAGCUGGAACUGGAGCAGCUCCUCGUGGCUGGGACUGUCCUUUUGGUCACGUUCAGUGCAGCAGGUGCAGCUCUCAUCGAUGUGCCUGGAUUUGCUGAGAAAAUCAAAACCAUUGUCAAGGUGCUGCUGACAGGAAUGCAUCUUCCCUCUUUUAACCUGAAGGAGUCUCUGGCUACCAUUGGUGAGAAGGUGUGUGCUGAAGUCAAUAGCUGCCUUUCCCAGCAUGGCUUUGCACCAUUCACAGCUGAGAAGGAAACUGUGCUGAAAGGACAGAUCCAAGCUGUGGCCAACCCUGAUAACACCAUCUGUAAACUAAUAGAUUCUCGAAUUCAGAAGUUUCUGGAGAAUUAUCUUGCAUCUAGUCACCAGAAAGCGGUACCGACUGUUCCUGGAGGAUUAGGCCCUAUUCAGAGAGAGCUGGAAGAGAUUGCUAUCAAGUAUGUUCGUCUUGUCAACUACAACAAGAUGGUCUUCAGUCCUUACUAUGAUGCUGUUCUUGGCAAAAUACUGACUAAGGAAGAACCCCAACUUGUAGGGAUGCCAGAAGAAUUGUGAACACAGUUUGUGUACCAAUGCAGUAUUAAUUUUAUCAGCUAUUUUGAAAAAUUGCACCAAUAUUUGUCUAGGAAAACAGCUCUCCAUGUGAACACUAUUUCCUUUUAAAUCACCCGUGCUGCCCGAUGAGGAAAACGCAUGAAUUGCAAUAGGGGUUCUGAGAUAAAUGAUGAAGGAGAGAUACAUUUUCAAUAGGUGAUCUUAAAACCUUAAAUAUUUGAGGUCUUGAAUUUCAUUAGUUACGUGUUGUAUAGAUGAGUGUUCACAGAAGAGCUCAAUGAUCUUACAGCCUUAUUGCAGUUUUAAACUCAGCUAGGAGGUGGCAGAAGAACACAGCUCUACCUCUGCUCAGCUCAUAGAGGAGGCAGCCUAACGCUUCCUCAGGCAUCUCAGUGUGUGAAGCUUACCAUUAAGCACCUCAGCUGGAAGCAAUGUUGAGUGUUGUGGAGACCCUAAACAGGGCAGAGAGGAGGGGGGAGAACAGAGAAGGCUGCGACUGAGAAAGAGGCGUAUUUCAGAUUCAUUGAACUGCUCCUACUUGAUAUUCAUCAGUACCGGAUUAGCAGAGAGAAGGGCUGCUCAGACUUUGAUUUCAGCCAAAUGAAAACGUCAUGUUCUAACAGUCAUUUAACCUACAGCUAGAAUUCCAAAUUCAUUAUCGGACAUAUAACACUGAAACUAUCAGGGAGAAAAAAGCAUAUCGUAAGAAGGAAAAACAACAACAGUGCAACAUGUACUAACAGCAUACAGGAAUGCAGGAGUUAAUGACUUGCCUUCACAGAAGUUGACAGUUAACAGAAGCCACUACCUUUCACUGCAGCAGUGACUCAAAGCCCUUUCACAGUCUGCAAAGAUAUCCUGGAACAAAUAAAAGUCAAGCGCUAUUUCAUGCCUCAGCAUUAUGAGAUAAGGUUUAGCAGAAGGUGUUCUCACGGCCAUCGGGCUUCUCAAAAUCUCAAGACAGAACAACAGGUAACUCAACCAGCUGACUGCUGGAAGAGAUGUAAGAAGGAAUGCAAACUCAUGAUAGACUACUUGAAAUUAUACCUCCUUCAUCAAUUAAGAUGAAAAUAACCGAUCUGUAGCUAACACAGGAUCCAUAGGAGAGCUCUGUAUUUACUGUAGGUUCUUUCACGUUGACAUAAGAAAACAGCUGAAGAUUGUGCCUGACCUGACACGCAUACAUCCCCCGCAGCCCAAAAACAUGAGUGGAAGGAUAAGCACAACCUCAAAAAAAAAAAGAAGCACACAAUAAAAAAUAGUUUUCACCGUCUUCAAUAGAUUUGAAAGUGAGAUUUCAAAAGCAUUGUGAAGAAGUGUUUUAUAUAAACUAGUAUUUCUGAUAAGAAUGUUUCUGUCACCCCACCUGGAAAGAAUAUGACAGAACAAGAAGCAGUCCAUGUUUAUUCAUGUGAGAACAGCAACACACUACGUAUUCAAGAGGGUUCAUGGUCAUCUCUUCAUCAGGUUUCGCUCCCACUUCAGAAAUUAGAACUCCUAACUCUUCCCCCAUGAUGUUAUUUUUAUGAUUGAACAAACAUUUAAAUAAAAAUUCACUAUUACUGUACCACACAUAAUCUGAAACUAUCAACUAUGUGUGACUUUGAUAUCCCGCAACUUGUAGGACCACAGCAACUACGCAAGGUAUACAUGUCUGUAAUUACAUAUUGAAUAGAAAAGACAGAAAAGCUGCAUGUAAUUUCUAGUGCAAGUCUACAAUAAUCACACAGACAGAACAACAUUUAUUAACAGGAAUGGAACAAGUCCACAGAUGGAUAAGAAAAGAUCAUAAAUACAGUUGUAAAAAAAAGUCUCAGACUGAAGUAGUCAAGAAUGUGCCAUAUGGAUGCUUGUACAGAGCACCUGUACAACAAUUUCUCAGAAUUAGAAGUUUACUAUAAGAAAUGCAGUAAAAUAGUGGAGGCAGGGAGGGGUAGCAUGGUUUAUAACGUGUAUAUCUUCCAUUAAGAAGUUUACAAAGAUUGGCUAGGGAUGUAUACAAUCUUUUCAAUUUGAAGUACCACUAAACAAUCUCAGCCAAGAAGUCUAUUUUACUUUGACUUCUGAUCACUCCAACUUCAUCCUGACAGACGUCAGUUCCCAUUUGACCCCAAGGAGAAGUAUACUGAUAUGCAUAAGUAAUCACAUUUUUUCUGAACUUGGAAACAAAUUAAAGCAAAACGGGGGAAGCAAAUGCUUUGAAGAAAACACAAACAUUUUAAACAAAAACAAUCUUUUUUUCUAAAAGGUUUUAUUUACAUUUUUCAUAUACAAGUAUGUUAAAUGAUACAUUCUGACUAGUAUCCACACCAGUGUGCAUUACAUGAAUUAAAGAUACUGAUGUAUUGCAUUUGAUGAAAUGCAAAACAAAUCAACCCUAAGCCUCGGUCCAACCAUCUGAAACAUCAUACAGCAUCUUGUUUUCUUACUGAGACAUCUAAAAUUCAAAAUGUUCAUAUCAGAUAGAAGUUAUCUGAACAAAUAUAUCUAGUUGCAUUUCUUUAGAACAUGCAGUAACACAGGAGGCUUAUUUGAAAAAAAUUGCAGAACAAAAAAUACAUAUCAACAGCCAAACACUUGACAUGCAUGCUACUAGUGUUGUAUUUAUUGUUUCUAGUUUUGGGGGGUAUUUGUCACAACUGUUUUGUGCUUCUGAUUUUUUAAAUCUUUAAUUAUAGCAACCUUUCAACAUCUACUAACAACAAUUCAAAGUGACCAGGAUAUAAGAAGUUAUGUUCAACAACAGAAAAGCUUUCUUCACUUUUUCCGGGACAUAUUCAGCAGCCUAGAAAAAUUAAAGAGAAGACAUAAGAGAUCACAGGAGUUUAUGUAUGAAGAUGGUUACUAUUUUCCAUUCAGCUUUCCUUGAAGCCCCUCGUUUCCAGGUUGCAGCUAAAGCUGGCUACAACAAAGCAAAAAAACCACCCUACAAAUAACAACAGAAGAGCUUUUUGAAACACGGGGUCCUGUUCUGUAGUCACUUUUAAACCAAGAAUAGAAAGGAGCAUUGUAGCCUCUUCAACAGUUUCACAGUAGUUUGGCUGUACUAUGGCAAACCCUUCCACGUGUCACAAUCAGCUGACACCACAGUGAAACACUCAGGGGCUUCCUGCAAGUCAAGCCAACCUGUGCAGAUUUAAGGCAAUAUCUCAGAAAGGCCAAAAUAAGCCAGUGCAAAAAUAACUACAGACAUGAUGCAUAAACCUAAGUAAUCCUACAUUAGUUUUGUUGGUUUGAAACAGGACACCUAAUCCAUGUAAGUGUAAGAAAACCUUCAGACUUUUAUUUGAAAAACUAAAGGACUGAUUUCCUAAAUCAGUAAAUAUUCACCUGAGAUGAGCAGAUACAGUUAUCAGGCAGCCAUCUAAAACAAACAAAAGGAAAAUAUAGGAGCUCUGUAGAACUGAUAGAUGAGAUAUGAUCGGGGUUUUGAGCUGGACUGUUCUGGAUUGCUAACAUCUAACACCACAAGUAAGAAAACACCCACUCUGUAAAGGGCAGCAAGCCCUCCCUACCCAGCCCCCCAGGUAAAUUAAAAAAAUAUCUAUACUUAAUCAGACCUAUCUGUGUUUCAGAGGAGCAAAGUGCACUGCAGGGAAACCAGUGCUCUGGUUAAAUCUCAAUUGAAGAUUGAGAUUACCAUGUGCCUUCAGAGGGCAGGAGCACCUCACCCACCAGGACAGGCUGAGGGAGCUGGGCUUGUUCAGCUGGAGAAAAGAAGGCUGCGGGGUGAGCUCAGUGCAGCCUUU